AUGAGCACGCCGGCGCCGGGGACUGACCCCCUGGACUGCCACCUCCCGGAUGCUACGCAAGGUUUUAGACGUCCAGUUGUUGCGACAUCUUCGCCGAAUGGCAAAGGGGAGAAGGAAACACAGCAGGCCAAGAAGAGACUGAGAUCUCUGAUCACUAACCCGCUAUUCGGCAAUGAAACCGUGAUGGAGGAUGCAGCAAAGGAUGUCGAUGGGGAAAGAGGUACUGCCAGCCCAACCCCUACGAGCCCCGGCCGGAAGAUCCCGCCUUCCUAG